AUGGCCACUAAUCCAUCAGGAUCCGGUGCGCCUCAAGGAGGAAAAGUUACUCGGAAGACACCCCGUGAUGCUGAUAAUCACGAAUCGAAUCGCCAGAUGUCGUUGACGACAUCAAAUAGUAAGUCCAUGGCCUUAAGGAACCAGCCUACAGACUUUGAUCACCAGCGUUGGUUGUUUGAGAGCAAAGGCAGAUACGGUAUUGGAAAUGCAUAUUGGCAGGAUGACGAUAACGUUGACCGUGAAACCGGAACCAGCUUGGCUGAUUUCGUCGACAAGCCUUGGAAACCUCUUACCCGCAAGACUCCAGUUCCACCCAGCGUUCUUAGCCCAUACAGAGUACUUGUGGUAAUCAGAUUAAUAGUGCAGUGCUUCUUCUUAUCCUGGAGAUUACAGAACCCGAAUUUUGAUGCAAUGUGGUUAUGGAGUGUCUCGAUCGCAUGUGAGAUCUGGUUCGCCUUCUCAUGGCUGCUAGAUCAGCUACCGAAGCUGAAUCCGAUAAACCGGGCAACAGACUUGGUCGCUCUCAAGGAUAAGUUUGAGAGCAAGUCUCCUGACAAUCCCAAUGGCCGGUCUGAUCUCCCGGGAGUGGAUGUAUUCAUUUCGACUGCUGACCCCGAGAAGGAACCACCUCUAGUUACUGCCAACACCAUUUUAUCUAUCCUCGCGGUUGAAUAUCCUAUCGAGAAGGUAUCCAUCUACAUCUCCGAUGAUGGUGGCGCGAUCCUGACAUUCGAGGCAAUGGCUGAAGCAGUCCGUUUCGGGCAGAUUUGGGUACCCUUUUGCCGGAAACACAACAUUGAACCCAGGAACCCUGACAGUUAUUUCUCUCAGAAGACAGACCCAACCAAGAACAAGAAAAGGCCUGAUUUUGUGAAGGAUCAUCGUUGGAUGAAGAGAGAGUAUGAUGAGUUCAAAGUCAGGAUCAAUGGUCUUCCAGAUGUCAUAAAGAAGCGUUGUGACAAGUACAACUACGUAGAAGAAAUGAAGGAGAAGCAGAAGGGCAACAGUUCAGCCUCGGCUGAACCUGUUCAGGUCACCAAGGCAACUUGGAUGGCAGAUGGUACACAUUGGCCAGGCACGUGGAAAGACCCAGUAGCCGAUCACAAGAAAGGCGAUCAUGCCGGAAUUAUACAGUUAAUGAGCAAGAUACCAGAAAAUGAACCUGUAAUGGGCAAAGAAGAUGAAGGAAAACUUGACUACACCGAUGUAGACAUUAGGCUUCCUAUGUUUGCAUAUGUCUCGCGUGAGAAACGUCCUGGUUAUGACCAUGAGAAGAAGGCUGGAGCCAUGAACUCGUUGGUUAGAGCUUCGGCUAUACUCUCCAAUGGACCUUUCAUUCUUAACUUGGAUUGUGAUCAUUAUAUAUAUAACUCUAUGGCUAUAAGGGAAGGAAUGUGCUUUAUGAUGGAUCGUGGUGGUGAUCGUGUAUGCUUCAUACAGUUUCCACAAAGGUUUGAGGGGAUCGAUCCUUCUGAUAGAUACGCCAACCACAACACGGUCUUUUUUGAUGGGAAUAUGAGAGCCCUGGAUGGUCUACAAGGUCCGGUGUAUGUUGGAACGGGUUGCAUGUUCAGACGGUAUGCACUCUACGGGUUUAGUCCACCUCGAGCAAUUGUGUACAGUGGAAUUGUCGGGCAGAAAAAGAAACCAGCUUCGACACUCUCUCCGAACGAUUCAUUGCAGGCUGUGCGUGCUCAAGACGAUGACCCUGAAACUCAAGAUGAAGAGCAUCCUGAUUUAAACCUCCCGAAAAAGUUUGGGAAUUCAACCAUGUUCGUCGACUCUAUAGCAGUUGCCGAGUAUCAAGGGCGUCCACUUGCCGAUCAUGCGUCUAUCAAGAACGGCCGCCCUCCAGGAGCACUCCUUGCUCCACGUCCUCCGCUAGAUGCACACACCGUAGCCGAGGCUAUAGGUGUUAUUUCUUGCUGGUAUGAAGACAAUACUGAAUGGGGAGAAAGGAUAGGGUGGAUUUACGGGUCGGUUACGGAGGAUGUGGUGACAGGUUACCGAAUGCACAAUCGUGGUUGGCGAUCGAUCUACUGCAUAACAAAGCGUGAUGCAUUCCGUGGUACAGCACCAAUCAACUUGACUGAUCGCUUGCACCAAGUGCUUCGGUGGGCCACUGGUUCCGUCGAGAUCUUCUUCUCAAAAAACAACGCAUUUCUGGCGAGCUCACGUCUCAAGUUCCUCCAACGCAUAGCAUAUCUAAAUGUUGGUAUGUACCCUUUCACAUCCAUAUUCCUCGUUGCCUACCUAUUCCUCCCGGCACUAUGCAUGUUCACAGGGCAAUUUAUCGUGCCAAACAUUGAUUCAACAUUUCUCGGGUACCUCCUCAUCAUGACCGUCACACUUGCUCUCAUCUCUCUCCUUGAAGUUAAGUGGUCAGGAAUAGCCCUUGAGGAAUGGUGGCGAAAUGAGCAGUUUUGGGCCAUUGGUGGCUCAAGUGCUCAUUUAGCCGCUGUGAUCCAAGGGCUACUCAAGAUCACAGCUGGAAUCGAAAUCGCGUUCACUCUGACUUCCAAAUCAGCUGCAGAAGAUGAUGAAGAUAUAUAUGCCGAUCUCCAUGUUGUCAAAUGGACGAGUCUCUUCGUAGUGCCUCUCACCAUUUGCAUUACAAACAUCGUAGCCCUUAUCAUGGGGACUGCAAGGACUCUUUUUAGUGUGAUUCCCCAAUGGAAUAAGCUUAUUGGUGGUGCUUUCUUUAGCUUUUGGGUGUUGGCACAUAUGUAUCCUUUCAUGAAAGGGUUGAUGGGUAGGAGAGGAAAGGUUACAACCAUUAUUUAUGUCUGGGCAGGGGUGCUGUCCAUUACUGUCUCUUUGCUUUGGAUUACUAUCAGUCCCCCAGAUGACACUACGCAAGUCUAA